ACAUUUUUAUAGUUUUAAAAAGCCAGAAGCCAAUGAAAACCUCAGCUCUUCCUGCCUGUCCUGCUCUCUGCAGUUUAAUGCAGCAGAGCCCAGACACGCAGCCAGUCGCCGGACAUUUCUCUGUAAUUGAGGCGUUCAGAGAGCAGAAGAUAACGACUGGAUCGUCACUUCUCUGCUCAGAGAGCAGUUGGUUUGAAACUUUGUCUCUCCGUCCAUUUUCUGCUUUAAAUUCUCCACCAGACUGCGGUUUAAGAGUUGAAACUCUGUCAUGUUUAUGUGAUGGUCUGAGUCCUUCCUCUGCAGCUGUGUGUACAUUCAGGUCUCUGGUUUGCUGUCCGCUCUCCAUCCAUCUUCACCCCUCCUCAGCCUUGGUGGCAGUCCUCCACUGCCUCCUCCCUCUUUUUAAACUUCUGUUGGGUUAUUCUGGUUUCAGGGGCAGACAUUCCCUCUUUUUUUUUUUUAUCUAAUCCUCUCUGUGCUCCACUUCUUCUCCCGGCCUUCACCUCUCCUGAUAAAUCCUCAGGGAGUUGGCAGCGGCUCAAAGUACGGCGGGUAGAACAUUAAUUCCUGGCAUUUCGAGCACUUGCCUUUGGCCUCGGACAAAAAAGAACGACGACCACUUUGGUUUGGUCAGUGUUAUUCGUUCCGCUCAAAGAGACCGCAAGAACCGAGGCCGCUUUGAAGAGAAGAGAGCACAAACAUGAGCGGGCGCAGGGCUGAACCUCUGCUCUAUUUUAAUCAUUUCUUCCCUCAGAGUCCUUCGGGUUUGGACCUCGAGCACGAAUGUUUGCCUUAGACCUGCUGCAGGAAAACUUGUCUGGACUGAUAGAUGAUUCAGGAACCAUUUAAAAAAGUCCGUUAGCAAACAGCUGGUCAACAGAAAUAAAAAGACUCACAGUAAAUCGACCAACACCAGGCUGCCAGAGCAGAAAUGAAAGGAAGCAGCCAAGUGCAGAUGAAGAGAUAGAUGGGUGGCGGCAGGCAGGGGACAGAUGAGGUCUCCUGAAGAGACAGCUGGGAGGGGUGAUGAUGAAGAGGGAGAGAAGUUUAAAGAGUUGAAAGAGGAGGAGGAGGAGGAGAGGUUGGGAAGGAAACUCCCUCCUGCUUGUGACCAGCUGCUCAGGAUUCACUCAGAGCGUCCACAGAGCAGCAGAGAGACUGGAGAGACCCAGAACCUUAAAGCUGAGUGGACCGGGCCCUGGAUCCAAACUCUCCGGAGGGUUCUUCAUCUCUCGCUGCAGGUUUGAGCUCCUUUAUCAAACCUAAUGACAAAGCUCCCAAAUUCCUCUCCAGCACCCACUCAUCACUGAAAUUACUCUCCAUCCUUCACGUUUGCAGCUUCAAAGCCUCCAGCAAUCUUCUAAAGGGGCAUUUUUUUGUCUAUAUCCAAAACACGGCUGGAGGAGCUUGUAAUUAUGCUGACUCUCAUCAACUCUGCUGCUGCGUGACAGAGCUGAGGGAGAGCUGGGUUUUCCUUCUGAUUUCAGAUUAGAGAAGGUGGAAGAGCUGAGGUAAACACAGGCAGCGCUCAUCUAAACACUUGGUCUGUAUUUGUCUGCGGUGGCUGAGCUGCAGCAGGCGUAUCGAACGCUGAGAGCAGAAGAACCAGGCUCAUGGCCUUGGAGAUCUCCCCAACAAUGACCCGGUGUCUGCAGAGCAGAUCCAGGUCCACGCUGCUGCUGCUGCUGCUCCUGCUCACCGUCUCGCUGUGGACCCAGCAGGCCGAGGCUGUGGUCCAUUCCAGCUUCCGACGGCUCAGCGGGCGCGAGAAGAAAGAGAUGCAGAAGGAGAUCCUGAACCUCCUGGGCCUGCCAGGCCGACCCAGACCCCAUCCGCCGCUGAGGCCGCCCUCCUCCGCGCCGCUCUUCAUGCUGGACCUGUACCACGCCAUGUCGGCCGACGAUGAGGAGGAGAUGGUAAACGGACCGGGCCUGGGGAGGUACGGAGCUGCUACACAGGUGAACUACGCAGCGCUGCCCAUCCUCAGCACGCACACCCCGCCGCUCGGGACGGUGGUCAGCGAGGCCGACACGGUGAUGAGCUUCGUCAACCUGGUGGAGCAGGAGCGAAACCUCCUGCAGGUUCGUCCUUACUGGAAGGAGUUUCGCUUCGACCUCACCCCCCUCCCUAAGGGGGAGACAGUGACAGCUGCAGAGUUUCGGAUCUACAAGACGCUGACUGUCGGCCAGAGGGCCAAUCGAACUUUGCACAUCUCUGUUUAUGAGAUCAAAAGGGAAAACAGGAACAGAGAGCCGGAGCUGGUGCUGCUGGACAUGCAGUCGGUUCCUGCGGGACAGGAGGGUUGGCUGGCGUUCGAUGUCACCUCUGCCUCCAACCACUGGCUGCUUCAGCCUCGCAGCAACCUGGGCAUCCGUCUCUACGUAGAAACGGAGGACGAUCGCUCCCUGUCUGCGAGCUGGAUCGGGUUGGUGGGUCGCAGAGGCCCUCGCUCCAAGCAGCCCUUUAUGGUGACCUUCUUCAGGGAGAGCCAGAUCCCGUGUCGGCCGCCGCGAGCCGUCAGGCCCCAUCAGAGGAGGAAGAAAACCAAAUAUGAUCUCCCAAUCCCCACCAUCCACGGUCGUGGUUCGGUGAGCAAAGGUCAGCCCUGCAAAAAACACGAGCUCUACGUCAGCUUCGGUGACCUGGGCUGGAAGGACUGGGUUCUGGCUCCGAACGGAUACUCUGCGUAUUACUGCGACGGCGAGUGCAUUCAUCCGAUGGGCGCCUGCAUGAAUGCAACAAACCACGCCAUCAUCCAGCAAGUGGUCCACCUAAUAAAGCCCGAUGAGGUCCCCUCAGCCUGCUGCGCUCCCAAGAAGCUCAGCUCCAUUUCUGUCCUUUUCUACGACGACAAGAACAACGUGAUCCUGAAGAAGCAUCGCAACAUGGUGGUGAAGACCUGCGGGUGUCUAUGAGAGGAAGCUGAUGCCCGUCCACCAGUUUAAACUGGACUUGAACUCAACGUCCCUGAUGAGGCAGGUCAGCGGAGUGAUUCAGACAAUCUGAGCAGGUUGAACGCUUCUGCAUAGAUUUAACCCUGCGGCUUGGCUUUGUAUCUAUAUUUAAAACAGAUUUAGUUUUCUAUAAGACUGUAAAAAUUUUCUGUACAGAACCUGAUUUGCAAGAGUUAAAUGGGCUGACAUGAAGUAUU